CCUCCUGCUUUAUUAUCCUCAGACUCUCAGUAGCGCUCCGUCCUCUCCAAGUGAUGCUCGUCGACGGCGCUCAUCUGUGGGUUAUCACCGCCUGCUGCAAGGAGGAGGACUGCUUUGGAUUACUUUGCUCCCCCUGGAAGCACACAGCAAGGCACGGAAAGAACAUGGGAAUUUAUCGGGGCUGGUGAGGGAGAGCGCAAGAGGAGGAUAGAGCGACGAAGAAGACUCAAGUACCAUCCGAGAGAAGAUAGGAGGAGGCAGAGGAGGAGGAGGAGGAGAGGAACUCUGGAGAAACGGUCCCGCCGGGACAGGGGAAGGCAGAGAAGCAGAGGAAGGUUUUUGUGCUUUAAAUAGUUUGAAAUGUACUCACUAUGUCCUUUUUUGCAGUUUGUGAAAAAUAAUGAGCUGGAUUUAAAGGAGAGGUUCUCGGAGUUGCGGUCGGUCGGUGCAUCAUGAUGGAGUGAGUGAAAGAGAGGCGCACUGUAACUUCAGCAUCGCCAUGAAAUCAGUGUUUUUCAGUCGCUUCUUCAUCCUGCUGCCCUGGGUCCUGAUAGUCAUCAUUAUGAUCGAUAUCGACAGUAAGAGGGCGAUUCGGGUCCCAGCAGCAGGUCGGACCGGCAGGGUGCAGAGGGCGGCUCGGACCGGCGCACCGGGGGUCGGCGGCCAGAACCAGUCCUCCAUGCCGGUUAUCUACGCCAUCACUCCAACCUACACCCGCCCAGUGCAGAAAGCGGAGCUGACCCGCCUCGCUCACACCUUCCGUCAGGUGCCCCGGUUUCACUGGAUCGUAGUGGAGGACUCGACGGUGCGCACGGACCUGGUAGCGCGUUUCCUUGCCCGGUGCGGUGUGCAGUUCACGCACCUGCAUGUUUUCACUCCCCGCAGGUUCAAACGCACAGGGAUGCCACGCGCCACCGAGCAGAGGAAUUUGGCUCUCGCGUGGCUCCGGCAGCACCGGACCAAGCGGGAGCCCGGGGUGGUUUUCUUCGCGGAUGACGACAACACGUACAGCCUGGAGCUGUUUGAAGAGAUGCGUAGUACACGAGGCGUUUCUAUUUGGCCUGUGGGAUUUGUAGGAGGCAGAGCGUAUGAACGACCCCUGGUGUCCGGGGGUAAAGUUGUGGGCUGGUACACCGGCUGGAGGCCAGAUCGACCCUUUGCCACUGACAUGGCAGGAUUCGCUGUGAACCUCCAGGUGAUCCUUGCAAAUCCACGGGCACAAUUCAAACGUCGGGGCUCCCAGCCAGGGAUGCAGGAGUCGGAUUUCCUCAAACAGAUCACCAAGGUCAAUGAGCUGGAGCCCAAAGCCAACAACUGCACCCGGGUGCUGGUUUGGCACACUCGCACAGAGAAACCACAUCUUGCAAAUGAGCCCAAACACCGUAAAGACACUGUGGUCAUUGAGGUGUGAGAGAGUCUGAAGUGCUGGAAAGAGGAUCCAAAAACCAGAUGAUGAUGAUUGCUACUGGUCAUCAUCUCUUGACUGGGACUGAUGACAGCACCCUGCUGUUUCUCCUUAUCGGGAUUAUACAAUCUGUUCAUGACAGACAUGGACUCUGAAGAGCUGCAUGAUUCAAGACUUUUGGCUUUCUGUCAAACAUGCUCUGAGAGAGCUGGACGACUGAAUAUGCUUUUACAAGAUGGACUGACUGGGACUGUUUAUUCUCCUCUCAACAGCCUGCUAAUGUAAAAAAAAAAAAAAGAAGAAAAGAACCAUAAA